UCUCCUCCACCUCCAAUUUCCUCUGCCCGUUUUUCUUCAAUUUCGUCAAGAAGACUCCCAAGUUAGCAUCUGAUCUGAUGGCACCCGCACAAGGAAGGUUGGUGUUGGUGGAAAGCAUGAAGAAGUGCAAUUCAAGCGCAGUGAUUGUGCUUGCACUUCUCUUUUCACUGUUCUUGUUAUCUCAGAUCAAGCUCUCCUCCAUCUCCAAGAUAUUUGCAGAGAUUUCAACCACAAGCGACCAAGGACCACUACUCUUGACAUCACGUGGGUACUCCCCAAUCAUCAGCUGUGACCGAUCCCAUGGGAAUUACGAUACGUGCUCGAUCAACGGCCCGACUGUCUUGGAUCCCAAAACGGCCACCUUCUACACGAUGGGCCCAACGAGGCCCGUUGUGGAAAAAGUCCGGCCGUACCCUCAAAAGAACCAAACUUUCAAAGUAGAGCCGGUCAAAACCGUCACUCUAACAUCAGGCCCAUCAGGCCCACCAUGCAUGGUCCAGCACAAUGCCCCCGCCCUUGUAUUCAGUGUGGGGGGUUUCACCUGGAAUUUCUUCCACGCCUUCAUCGACGCCUUCAUCCCGCUCUUCAUCACCCUCAACUCCAUCUCCCCCGACAAUCCGGACCGCUUCGUUUUCGUGAUCGCAGAUUACCCGGACUGGUUCCGCCGCAGGUACGCGGAUUUGCUUCGCCGUCUCAGCAAACACCCGGUGGUAAGCCUCGAUAACGAUACUAGGACCCACUGUUUCCCUUCCGUCACGGUGGGCCUGAUCUCCCACGGGAUCAUGACCAUCGACCCGAAGCUGAUACCCAAUUCGAAAACCGCCGCCCACUUCCACUCGCUAGUGCACGAAACGUAUUGCGGCCGCCGCCGCCACCCUCGUCGUCCCGUGCCCGCCACCUUGAAACCCAAGCGGCCUCGGCUUUUGAUAAUGGGUCGCAGCGGUGGGGUCGGACGGGUGAUCUUGAACCAAGGAGAGCUGAAGAGAGCGGCGGAAGAGGAGGGCUUCGAAGUCGUGGAAUUCGAGUCGCAGCACACGACCACCAUGAGGGUCGCGUGCGAGCUGGUGAGUUCGAGUCACGCGAUGCUAGGGGUCCACGGCGCGGCUCUCACGAACAGCCUGUUCCUCCGGCCGGGUUCGGUGCUGGUGCAGGUGGUGGGGAUAGGGUUGGAGGAGGUGGCGGAGCUGUGCUUCGGGAGGGUGGCGAAGGACAUGGGGCUGGAGUACAUGGAGUACAAGAUAGGCGUGGAGGAGAGCAGCUUGGUGGACAGGUAUGGGAAAGAUGAUGUGAUUGUGAAGGAUCCAAGCUCCAUGGAUAAGGGGAACCGGUAUGAUAAAAUUAUGAGGGUGUAUUUGAAGCAACAAAAUAUGAACCUGGAUUUGGCUAGGUUGAGGGGAUAUUUGAAGACAGCAUAUGAAAAGGCUAAAAUAGCCAUGCUCAAACAGAGUUAAUCCUCGGAUUCGGAGAUUAAUAAAAUUCUUUUACUUAUCAAAAAGGAAAAAAAAAAAAAAAACAGUCUGUUGAUUAGUGUGUGGAGAAUAAUAUCUGGACAUAUAAUCCGCAGCCUAUCAUGGCAAGGUGCGGCUUUUCUUCGUAUUUUGUUUUGAUUUUGUUGUAUUUUAUUUGGUUGUUUUAGUUGUACUUUA